GACAUCAUGCACGGGAUCUUCGGCAUGACAGACGAGGGGCUGAUGGAGUGCAUGUACCAGGUGUUCGACAUGGACCAGGACGGCGUGGUCGGGCCCGAGGAGUUCGUGGUGGGCAUGUCCGCCUUCCUCCGGGGCACGCUCGACGAGAAGAUCGACUACUGCUUCAGCGUGUACGACCACAACAGCGACGGCUUCGUUUCCCGCGACGAGAUGUUCCACCUCCUCAAGUCCGCCGUCGUGAACCUCCCGCCCGGAGAGGAGCUGGAGGAGGUCGUCAAGGACAUGGUCGACAUGGUGAUGCGGCGGCUGGACGCGGACCACGACGGCCGAGUGAGCUUCGAGGACUACGCGGCGGCCGUCACUGCUGAGCCUCUGCUGCUCGAGGUGUUCGGGCCCGUGCUUCCGGAUAACCAGGAGAAGGAGGCAUUUCUCAACACUUUCUUAGACAAAUACGGCCUGCGUUCUCAGCAGAUUUGA